UAAGUGGGAACGAGGCUGAUGUGUUUGUUGUGCUUGAGUUGUGUGUUGUAGUCAGAGAUGCUGCUAAUAAUGGGACCUAAAGCCAUGUGUUGUAUCGUGUUCAGCACUGCAAUGAGACCAUGAAUGUAUAGGAUGCAGUAAAAGUUUAGGAGAUGUCUCCCCGCCCACCCCCUCAGUCCUGCGAUACGUUCGUUGUCUUGCCGGACCUCACUAAGGGUGGCCAUGUUGUCUUUGGCAAGAACUCAGACCGGCCACAGCAGGAGGUGCAGGAGAUCAUUUACUGUGCAGCAGCUGAUCAUGAUGCAGGCAGCAAGGUGCAGUGUACAUACAUAGAGGUGGACCAGGUGGAGCACACUCAUGCGGUGAUCCUGAGCAAGCCAUCGUGGAUGUGGGGAGCGGAGAUGGGUGCCAAUGAGCACGGGGUGUGUGUGGGCAAUGAGGCGGUGCAGACCAAACUGCUGGAUGAUGCUGACCAGGAGGAGCGGCUGCUGGGCAUGGAUAUGGUGAGACUAGCCCUGGAGCGCAGCACAUCGGCAGCGAAUGCAGUGGAGGUGCUCGCUGGCCUGCUGGAGAGUCAUGGGCAAGGUGGUGCCUGCUCCGAGGAUGAGCCGGACAUGUACUACCACAACAGCUUCAUCAUUGCAGAUGCCACUGAGGCCUGGGUGCUGGAGACUGCUGGACAGUACUGGGCAGCGGAGCAUAUCAAGAGUGGCUACAGAAACAUCAGCAACGCACUCAGCAUUGGGACCAAAAUUGACCGCAUGAGUGAGGGUCUGCCGGCGGUGGCCCAGGAGAAGGGCUUCUGGGAUGGCAGUGGAGACUUUGACUUCAGCAAGGCCUUUGGGGUGAGCGAGGACUAUGCUGGUGGCAGGAAAGAGUGUGGUGAGAAGCUGCUAGCCAAGCUGACUGAAGGAGGUGACUUUUCCUUGACACAAAUGUUUGAGGUGUUGAGAGACGAGGAGUCAGGGAUAUCACGCGGCACAGACCACAAACACCCCACUGCCGGGAGUAUGGUGUCAGUGGUGAGCCAGGGUAAAGGUCGGCCAAGCUGCCACUGGUUCACUGGCACCCCAGACCCCUGCCGCUCGGUCUUCAAGCCCUUCAUCUUCACUGACAAUGUGAAGAUCUCGCCACACAUCCAGAGCCCCCACAUACCUGAGGACCAGGACCCUGCCAAGGUGGUGCCACGGUUUGCCUCCAAGGUGAACCGAACCCACCUGCUGUACCGGCGGCAGCAGCAGGCAAUGGCCUCAGGGGACAGCAGCAUCUGGGGCACCCUGAGGCAGCUGGAGGAGAAGUGUGUGCAGGAGACUGAGGCUGUUCUGGAGAGCUUUGACCCUGAGAGGCUGUCAGAGAUGGACGACCUUCUCAAGGAUUGCAUUGAUUCUGAGCUCAAGUUUUACAAGUAAUUGGGAAGUGUUCCAUGGGCGUUGCCGGCAGCCUAGCCUAGAGACGAGGGUUUUCUCUGGGCCUUCCUCACCCCCGUUCCCCUCCCAUCUUCCCGCUUCCCCUAAGUCCCUUACCUCGUCAGGCUCCCUCGUCUCCGCUCAUUCCUGAGGCGCCGGCAGUUCAUAGUAAUAAGUAGUGUUGUCAUCGGCAGUUUGGUAAAGCAUAGGUAUCUUUUUUUUCUUUUUUUCUGUUUCUUUUAUGAGGACAAUUCCUCGUCAGUAGAGAGCAUUCCCAGCGGGCGCCCGGCUGCCAACACCACGCUAGUUUUGUUUUCGGGCAGACCAGAGAUUAUUGAUAAGCUCUUGUCAUUGAGUACUUACUGCCUUACUCCCAAUAUCCCCAACACCCCAUUCCGUAACCCUCCCUUUCCCCCACUCCUGACCACCAUAAGUUCUUCCAGCAUAUUCCUGAGCAUUUUCUUGAGUGUUCCAGCAGUAAACCCAUUUUUUAUACUACUGUGCUUAGUGAUGUAAGGACUCUUGAGCAGACCAGACGCGCUUAGGGAUGAAUCACAGUCAAGGGGCCACGUGGCAAGACUGUCUCACUGAGGUUAUAUCAGAAAUUGGCUGUAAAACACUUCAAAAAAGUAAUAACAGAGGCAGUAGAGACUUUACACAUUAGUGGAUUAACUUAAAAGGGAAAAAUAUGUAGGAGCUCUCUGAAAAAUUAUCUGUGGUACUUAUGUAGAUAAAGGGAAGCAUGGCAGUAGAAUUGUAGUGAGUGUGAGGAAAGGAUAGGCAGCCAGAUGACAGCUCCACCCCAUACUCUUUCUCUAGGGUAGUUGAGCGAUAAGGAACAGCCUCUAUGGAGCACGCUAGAGGCAAGAAUGAGUAUGCUUGUGUCUUUGCUUCAGUGUCCCUGUAAAAGAUGCAGGGUGAAGAAGAAUUAAGGCUGCCUCUGCUUGUUUUCUUGUGAUGCUUAGGAAAUAAUUCAAUGGAUCGCUGUGUGUAUUAAACCUAUGUAUGUACGUGUCUGGGGAGUGUUUGAGCGAUGCUGGAGCUGUUGAUUCACUCCUGAUAGCUGAGGAAGAACUUGGAUCUGUUAUCUGCAUUUUUUUUUUUUCCUUAUUUAUUCUUGAUAGUUGAGAAAAAAAACUUGAUUGUAUGAUUUGUCAUUUUUGUAGAUUUCUUCCUGCUGCACUUGGGGAAUUCAUAGAUGUAGAAUGUAAAAAUUAUAAUGUCUACUUGGUUAUCUUUGAUGAUCCAGAAGCAAGAUAUUGAUGCAUUAUUUGUCAUUAUUAUAUCUUUAUUUGUAUUUGUUUGACUUGUUUGGGGCAUUUUUUGGGCAUGAAUGAUCUUGAAACUGUUUUUUUAUUUCCUCAUGGUGGUUCAGAAGAAAGAAUUUGAUGACUUAUUUGGCUUUUUUUUUAUUUAUCUAUUUAUUUAUUUUUUAGAUGCCUAUGGUGUGUAUACCAGACAGGAGACACAAGGAGAAGGAUCCAGGUUGAAGUUGAUCUUACUCAUAUAUCAUCAGUAUUUCUCUUAAUUUUCUUUCUCAUGUUAGUUUAUGUCUGGAUCUUAACAUGAAUUCUCUGCCUCACUUUAGCAACUAUGAUGAUAGACCCCUAGUGAUUUACCCUUGGUGAUUCAGUGAUUGGGAUAGAGAAAUAUUGCAUAGGUUAACUUUGUUGUGACUGGGUGACUAGCAUGGAGGAUUGUGUAAAUUAACUUAGUAAUGAUUGGCAUUUGUACAGAUGCUCUACCUGAAUGCAUGCUCAUAUUGCUCACUUGUAUCAUUAGGGGCUUCUGUGCACUGCAACUCCACCCAAGAAAAUUCCAGUCAUAAAUUUUCCUCCCCCAAGAUUUUAAUCCAGAAUAAUUUUUUCUCGUGAUAAAUUCUCUCAGCCCAGACUAAUAUAUCAUGGGAACAAUUCUUUUGAGAAAUCUUUUGUGGUGGAAUGUUUCGUAUGGAAAAUUUACUUGUUUGAAACUUGCGGUAAACAGAAUAGAGAUAAGGCAGUGCUAAAAUCUUGAUACUCACAAGACAUUGGUCCUUAAAAUAAGAAUGCACUAAUGGGAUUGCAAGGUGCAUGGAUUGGAAUGAUCUUGGAGUUAAAAACUACUUACAUAGUAUUAUAGUUGCAUUUUAAUCUAAAACAAAAAAGACAAUGGGAAUUCUAUGGGUGAUAGUGGAUGACCAAAGAAUAUUAUAGAGUCAGCCUGUUACUGCUGACAUCCAUGAUUCCUUUAACGGGGAUCUUGCCAGUGUGAUGUGACAUGCUUGAGGGGAGAAACUGGAAAGCUGGUAAUGGAUUCCUUACUGAUGAUUUAAAUGAUCCAGAGAAAAGUGUUACGUAUGAUGCUUCAAGGAGAGAUGCUAAAGAAUUGGUUAUUAGUUCAUGGUGAUUAAAAUGAUAGAGAAAGAUGGGUUAGUAAUUUGGCUAAUAUGUUGGCACUAAUUUGGGUUUAUUCAGUUGUCUUAUCUUUGUGUUAUUCAGCUGGUGUGUGCAUCUCCCAGCCAGGGGCAGAGCAAGGUGAAAGUGUAGCUGUAGUGUUGAGGUUUUGUUACCAGUGUUUAGAAUGGCAAUUGUCUUUAAAUUAUCACAUUGGGUAAAUAUGUACAUAUGCCUGGCAUUCAUAUAUUCUUCGUCAUUGGUGGACAAUGAUAAAAGAGUGAAUAAUGCACAAUGUUGAGUUUACAGUGUGAGAGGAGAUGAAGUGUAUUGGUAUUAAGUUUUUAUGGAAGCUGAGGUGAAUGAGUUCAUACAUUAUUCAAGUGUCAAAUUUGUCAACUUUGAGCAACAGUGAUGGAUGUGUGAAAUAUUAGCAAUGUGGAGAUAAUGAUAGAAAGUUUUAGUAAGACAUUGUUAAUUUUCAAAAUCUAAUCAGCAGUAGAAAUGGGAAAUAUUGCAUGUAUCGCAGAAGUCAUAGAGCUUUGAUAAACUGUCAUAGUAGUGUUUGCCAUGCUUGUCUGGACACAAAAAGUGUAAAGUAUAUCAAGUAAAAUUACAUUAGGUUAGUGUGUAGCUUACAGUCUUUUUUAUGUAUACAUAAGGGGUUGGCCCAGGGCUGAUAGGAAGAAAUGAGUAUUGCUUCUGCCUUUCCCAAGAAACACUAAGGAAAUGUCAAAAUCAGUUUCCAAAUCCCAGUAGAUGCUAUUAUUUUUAAUUAACUUAUUUUUAUAUGAAUAAGAGGAAGGUAGAGCAAGACAAGGUGUAAAGAAGAUGAAGUAUUAGAGGUCAGGUUGAUGGGGCUGCUUUUAUAGUGUGGAGGAGUGCUGGACAGGCAGGCAGGUAUUAACCCUCACCAUCACUCUUAGGUCCCCUGUAUCCCUCCUUCCUACACUGUUUCCUUCCCUGAAACAGUGACCCUCACACCUGCAUGGCCCUAGAGGGAGAGGCAGAGAGCAAGGAACAUGCAAAUUGUUAUGCUGAGUGCCAAGCCUGAAUCCAUAAGCGUUGACAGGGAGGAAAGAAGAAUUUUGGGGCAUUUAAUUCCACUUAGAGAUAUACUGUAAACACAAUUGGUCAGCCAGUCAGUGGGUGGGUGUGGUAAGGUGUUGUAGGACAGCAGCCAAUCACUUUACAGAAUAGCACUUGGUAAACAUAUCGGGAUGAUUGUGAUGAAUGCAAACAUCUCCCACUGAGAUGCUUACUGGCUAGGCAGCUUGGGAUGGUGAUGGUUGUGGAAAGCAUAAAAUAAGGAAAUGUAAGAGUAAUGCUACUAUUAUGUAAGUGUUGGGUAUUCAUGAAGGAGUAAGGAAACAUUAUAAAAAUAUUCAAGGUGUAACAUUAUAUUUAGAGAUAGGAAGAGAAGAUGUUAACUCACUGGCAUUGUAACGUGAUCUCUCUCAAGUAUUGGAGAUCCUGUACGUAGAGGAAUCUUUGCAAAUGUAAGAAAAUAUUACCAGAAAAUAUUUGUGUAAUGUUAAAUCAUGAGUACAGGCAAGAUCUUUAUAUGAGUAAAGGUAUUUGGGGCGUGGUCUUCGUAUGAAUAAAAGUAUUUAGUGAAAUUACCCUUGUGAGUGUAGGUAGGGGUUCUCACCAGGAGCCUCUAUACAUGUAGAAGUAUGCACUGUAUUAAGGGACCCCUAGAAAUGUAAGGGUGUUUUGUAAUGACUUUAUAGCAACAGCCUGGCACUUGACCUUCCUCCUUCCCUCCCUCACUCCCACACUCCCUCACUUCUUCCUUCCCUCUUUCCUUCCUUCGUUCCAGUGAGUAGAAACCAAAGACUUGGGUGAUAUUGUACUAUUAAGACUGCAUUUUUGUACUAGGCUUAUUGUUCAUUUCAUUCAUUUAGCUACAUACCAUCUGUACUUGUUACUCCACAUAUAUCUUUUCCCUGCUUCACGCUUCCCGCUUGUUUCUUGCCGUUCCAGUUGGGAAAGAUGCAUAGUAGGUAUGUAUUGCAAUGUUUAGGGAGAAAAAUAAAAGGUGGAAAAGGGAAAAUAUUAAACACACUGCUUUGCCUGGCGUGAUUUUAAACAUAAAUGCAUAAAUCAUUGCACCCCCUCACGGCUAUCACCAAGAAUUUGUAGUAGACGUAAAUUUUGUGCUUGUUUCUCCUCAUUACAUAAAAUAUGGUAAAUACAAUUACUACAUAAAAAAAAGAAGGCAUAAGAAAGAAUGAAUAACUAAAGAUGAUGUGAUCUGCAAUAAUUAUGUACUAUUACUGCUACUGCAACACAUUAUUGCCUCGUAAGCUACACCAAGUUGGUUGUGUAGUGUUGUUUCUGGCACUGUACUACAUCACACACACACACACACACACACACACACACACACACACACACACACACACACACACACACACACACACACACACACACACACACACACACACACACACACAC